GCGAUGGUGAAUAGUGCAGGGGAGUGGAGAGACGCUGGGAGAGGACUCAAACACUCACACACACUGACACACACACUCGCACACACACUUAUCAUACUUUGCACACACACGCAACACACACUUGGAGGAAGAAGACGCACGAAGUGAAGAAAAGGGAGAAGAAGAAGGAGCAGAAGGAGAGAAAAGAAGAGAAACUGGACAAGGGCGGACCAAAGGGGGCCAAAAACUCACCAGGUAUGGCGGCGGUGUUGCCGAGAACCCUGGGUGAGCUGCAGCUUUACAGGAUCCUGCAGCGAGCAAACCUGCUUUACUACUAUGAGGCCUUCAUCCAACAGGGCGGAGACGACGUGCAGCAGCUGUGUGAGGCCGGGGAAGAGGAGUUCCUGGAGAUCAUGGCUCUGGUCGGCAUGGCCAGCAAGCCACUGCAUGUGCGCCGCCUGCAGAAGGCACUGCGCGACUGGGUUACCAACCCAGCCAUCUUCAACCAACCACUCACCUCGCUGCCCGUCUGCAGCAUCCCCGUUUACAAGCUGCCUGAGGGGUCACCCACGCUGCUCAGUGCUCAGGAUCGAGCCAACACCGCCAGCGUCAAGAUGCCUAAAGCCAUCGCCGCAGCCUGCUCCGACCCAGGGAAGCUGGAUGUGGCGCGGGACAAAGUAUCAGCCGGGUCGCCCCUGCAGGGCAGCAGCGAGGCUCGAUUCUGGUCUGGCCACAGCAACGACAGCGAGCACAGUCUGUCUCCAUCAGACCUGGGCUCCCCGUCCUCACCAAGAGAUGCCCUGGAGGCCCUGGAUGCUGCAGCUGUCCAGUCGGUCCUGGAGUGUGUGGACAGGAUGGCACCGGGUCUUUCUAAAACAGAUCUAGCUGAGGUCAGAGAGCAGCUGAAGAACAACAAAAAGCUAGCCAAGAUGAUCGGACACAUCUUUGAAAUGAGCGACGACGACCCACGGAGGGAGGAGGAGAUCCGUAAAUACAGCGCCAUCUAUGGACGCUUUGACUCCAAGAGGAGGGAUGGCAAACACCUGACACUGCACGAGCUGACGGUGAACGAGGCAGCCGCUCAGCUCUGUAUGAGAGACACGGCCCUGCUGACGCGUCGAGACGAGCUGUUCGGACUCGCCCGCCAGAUUUCCAGAGAGGUCACCUACAAAUAUACCUACCGCACCAGCAAGUCUCGCUGUGGAGACAGAGACGAGCCAUCUCCUAAAAGGAUUAAAACUGAGGAGAACUUCUUUGACAUCCAGGAGGCGCUGCAGGCCAUCCACAUGAGGCAGGAGAUGCUGAGGGAGCAGCUGGCCUGCGCCAAGUCGAAAGGAGAGGAAACUGUCGGACGAAAUCUGCAGAUGCAGCUGGAGCGUCUUCUGGCAAGGCAGAUGGAGAUCCUGCAGGACGCCGCCGUCCAGGAGCGACUCCAGGCUCUGGACUGGAGGAUCCCCCCCGCUGCCUUAAAGUACCUCAAUGACACCCAGAACACCAAUGGAGCCGCCGCCGACGCCAACAGAGACAACCAAGAUGAACGGCCAAUCAACUUGCGGGUGGUUAGUCAAAGCAUGCAGGAAGGGGACCUCCCACUGGGCAAGCAGCUAGCCAAUGAGCUGAAGCGCCAUCACAACCACAAUAACAACAACAACAAUAGCAGCAGCAGCAGCAGCAACACAGAUGAGACCAAAGCACCAGCAACAGAAAACGGGACGUCGCAGCGGGUGUCCAGCAGCGCAGAAAAGAAGACCAUCAAGUCAGAGCCUGAAGACUCCACAUAGUGCCUCCCACCUCACCCACCCACCACUCAAAUGCCCCUCGUUCCCACCCCCAAUUCAUUCUACUCACACUUGACAGUAUGCAGUUAUUACCCGUCAAUAGAUACUAAGUAAGCACAGCCACAGUAGAGCCUUAACAACCAAUGUUGCCUCAUGAAUAGCAUUUAUUUUCUUUGAUUUUGUCUUUGUUUUAAAAGGUAUUUGCCAAAGCACCUAGAGAGCACGUCGAGAAGCCCCUCAGUGCUCCGCAGGUCUUUGUUAGAUGUGUGUGUGAUUUAAGACUGAUCUGUUGCAGACACCUGUAUACUCUUUACCUCUGCCUGGGUGUUAUUUUUGUUGCUUUUGACUCUGGGGCUGGGUCUUAACUCAAACCUUGAUUCAGUGAUGGAACAAAAAUUCAGCAUGUUGGUAACACUUUGUAUGAGUGCCAUAGGCAGUGGCCACUGCUUUAAGGCUUUCUACCUUAAAACCAAAGGGAUGGCAGUGCCCUCACUUUGGUCCAGACUGAAAUACUUUUGACAAAUAUUGGGUGGAUUGACAAUAAACAUGUAAUUUAUGGUUCCCAGAGAAUUAAUCCUGAAGACUGUAGUGACCCCCUGACUUUUGGUGUAGGGCUGCCUGUAGGUCAACAUGUAACAUUAUCAGCAUGUUUCCAUUGUGCACACGUUAUUAAGCAUUUAGCUUAAGUAAGACUUAGUGUCUGAUGGAAAUUGAAUGUAACACAGCUAUUUGCAUGCUGGCACCUCUUUUAGGCCAAUGUUACCAAAUCACUAUCAUAGUAUUAAUGGUACAUAUUUAAGGCAGUGGGAUUUUUCAAUUUGUGUUAAUGGUUGAGGUACAAAGUGUUACCUAGCUUUGAGAUUCAUGGCUAGAAACGUAUUUUCCUGUAGGUUGCAGUGGCUGAUUUUGGUCAUUUUUGACAAUAA